UAUUCGCAUCUCAGGAAGUAACAUUAAAGUUUAAGUCCAUCACUGAAUUUAGUUUCUGCUCGAUCAGAAGUGCUGCCUCUUUUGCAGUAAUUACAGUUUAUAAAUUUUCAGCAAGCAGUUAAUACCCCUCGUAUUUACCUUAACUCAUUUGAGGCUACCGCUAAGCUUAAAAUUUCGUCAAAAAGUUAAUAUCUGCGUUAACAUACUCACUAUACUUUAUCAUAUAUUUUCUCAGUCUUAGUUUUUAUACAAGAUAAGGAUUACGUUGAAACAUGGCAGAAACAAACUCUGAACUGCUACAGCAACGAAAGCAAGAUCUCGUCAAUGCGAAGCUUAGCGGCAAUACGAAGAAAGAGAUGAUCGCUUACAAUAAUCUUGGCAAAGCGUAUGGAGAGCUUAGUGAUUUUAACCAGGCAAUAGACAACUUCAUGCACAGUCUAGAGAUUGCCCGACAAGAACACGACAGAGCUUACGAAGGAGAAGUGUCUUGCAGUCUUGGACAUGCUUACUGCAAACUCCAAGAUUAUAAACAAGCCAUAGAACACAACAACAAACUCCUUAUUAUUUCCAGAGAAUUAAGCGAUAGAGCUGAGGAAAAACUUGCAAACCACCAACUUGGUCAUUGUUAUAAAAACCUGGCUGAUGACAAAGAAGCCUCGGUGCACUUCAAUAAAUUGCUUAUUAUUUCCAAAGAACUGAAGGACAGAGAUGGAGAGGGACAUGCAAACCACCAACUUGGCUUAUGUUAUGAAGACCUCGGUGAUUAUAAACAAGCCAUAGAUUGCUACAACAAAUUCCGUACUAUUUCCAAAGAAUUAAGGAUUAAGGCGGGAGAGAAUUGUGCAAACCACCGAAUUGGCCAUUGUCAUCAGAACCUGGCUAAUGGUAAAGAAGCCAUGGCGCACUUCAAAAAAUCCCUUAUAAUUUCUAAAGAAUUAGGAGACAGAGAUGGAGAAAUAGGUGGAAACUACGACCUUGGCAAAUGCUAUGAAGACCUCGGUGAUUAUGAACAAGGCAUUGAACACUACAAGAAACACCUUAAUAUUUCUAAAGAACUGGGUUGCAAAGGUGAAGAGGUUCGAGCAAACCAAGACCUUGGCUCUUGUCAUGAACGCCUCGGCGAUUAUAAACAAGCCGUAGAGCACUACAACAAAAAACUUAUUAUUUCCAAAGAACUAAGUGAUAGAGCUAUAGAGAAAUGUGCAAACCACCUACUCGGCAAUUCUUAUUACAAGCUGGCUGAUUAUAAACAAGCCGUGGCGCAUUUUAAUAAAUUCCUUAUUAUUUCCAAAGAACUAAGCGAGGACAGAGAUGAAGUGAUACAUGCAAACAGCCACCUUGGCUCAUGUUAUAGAGACCUCGGUGAUUUUAAACAAGCCAUAGAACACUACAACAAAAACCUUAUUAUUUCAAAAGAAUUCAGCGAUAGAGCUGAAGAGAAUUGUUCAAACCACCAACUUGGUCAUUGUUAUCAGAAUCUGGCUGAUCAUAAACAAGCUAUAGCGCAUUUUAACAAAUCCCUUAUCAUUUCCAAAGAACUCGGAAACAGAGAUGGAGAGGGACAUACAAACUACGAACUUGGCAAGUGCUAUGAAGCCCUUGGUGAUUAUAAACAAGCCAGUGAACACUUCACCAGACACCUUAUUCUUUCCAAAGAACUGGGGGACACCGAUGGAGAGGGACAGGCAAACCAGAAUAUCUGUUAACAAAAAGAUCAUCAACAUCAUCUAUGAACAGCAUGAAAAAUACUUUAAAAACUUCACGAUACCAGGUACCGAAAUUGCCAUCACUGAGCUGGUAGCCAAAUUAAAGCAAACUGAAAAUGGACUGUUAAUCACCAGAAUUUUAACUUAGGUCGCCAACAGACGUUAUCGAACAAUGUCAUAUACUGUCUAUACUGAAUUCGAAGUUAUGCAUUAAUUAUGAGAAAGAAGCAAAACCAGUGAGUGGGAAAGCCUCGCAUAUAAUAAUAAAUCUAUGAAAUAUACUUUAAACCAUUAAUAACUGCAUAUCUGAAAUAGGAAACAGGGUACUUAUAAUCACAUGCUAUGUACUGGAUCAUGGUCAGCAGUGGAGAGUGCUAUUUAAUAAGGUACUUGAUUAUACCAUAUAAAUAAAUACAUACAAUACUUAAUGUAAGGUACUAACUAUAAUACAUACCAAAUUUGUGCUAUUUAUCUAUUUAUUACAAUUUAUGGCUUAAAAAAAAAGA